GGACAAAAAAAAAAAAAAAACUAGACCAGAUAUAAAAACAGAGGAGCUGGGGAGUGGAGCCACCAUCAGGGACAGACUUCCUCUCAGUGACUGUGGGGAAGACGGUACCAUCUCCUGCCAAGAUGAAGCUGCUGUUUCUGUGUCUGGCGCUGAUUCUAGUCUGUGCCCACGAAGAAGGAAAUGAUGUUGUGAGAAGAAACUUUGAUGUUUCGAAGAUUUCAGGAUAUUGGUAUUCCAUUUUCAGGGAAAGGAUAGAAGAAAAUGGUAGCAUGAGGGGUUUUGUGAAACACAUUGAAGUCCUGAGCAACUCUUCUCUGUUCUUUAACAUGCAUAUAAAAGUGGAUGGAAAGUGUACUGAAAUUACUCUGCUUUCUGACAAAACAGAGAAGGAUGGUGAAUAUAGUGUUGUGUAUGAUGGAUACAAUUUAUUUAGCAUAGUUGAAACAGACUACACUGACUAUAUUAUGUUUCAUCUUGUGAAUUUCAACGAGGAGCAGCCCUUCCAACUGAUGGAGCUCUAUGCCCGAGAAUCAGACGUGAGUGAAGAAGUCAAGAAAAGGUUUGUGAAAUAUUGCCAGAGACAUGGAAUUGUUAAGGAAAAUAUAUUUGACCUGACCGAAGUUGGGGCCCUUAACCCCUUCUUUGCCAGCAGGCUUGCGACCUUUUACGGCACAGCCUUACGUCCUACUUAUGUCCUCCGAAGACUAGACUGCCACUUCACAGCCACUGCUUCUAACUGCUUCACUCUGGGGUAAAGAAGCCAUGACCCUCACUGGGAUUCUGCUUUCUCACGAGCUCCCAGAGACGCCAAUGCUGUGCCACCCGGGGAGAAGGGUGACACAGGUGAAGUGAAACUAUUCAUUUAACUUUCUUCAGUGCUUCUAGGCUCGGAUUAUUUUGUUCCACCUGGGUGCUGGAACCUCCCAGUUGUACCUCCCAACUCACACAGAGGGAUCCUUGCCCGCGAGUGGUCGCUAAAAUAGGUGUUUCUGUUAGAGGAUGAGGGCUUACACCACCUCUUCCACCAUCUUGCUGGUGUCAACCCAGGUUAUUUCACCGAAAAGACGCACAGAGAGAAAGACGUUGAGUUCUCAAGCCUAUUGAAACAUUUUCUAGAAUAUCUAAUGGAAUCAGGGAUCAUAUGAAAGAUGACGGAAUCAGCCACCACGAGGAGCUACGUUACUGCUUCUUGGUACACUUUGUUCAGGAACUGGAGGGCCAAGCUCACAGCCAAUCCCACCAUGGGAUUCUCCGCCAUGAUAAUUUAAAUUCUAAGGUUUUUUUUUUUAUUAGUUUCUUAUCACCCUACUCUCACCUCACUGCCCAUCAACACAGUCUUAGGGUCUGAAAACAAAUUGAGUUAAGGAAGGGAAAUAAAUUUGCUGCAAAAAGCACCACUGAGCAAUAUUUCAAAUGCAGACAAGUACGAAUUAGGAUUACUCAGUAGAUCAUAUAUGCCAUGCUUCCUUCCAGGGGUUAAAAAUAUAUGCGAGGAAACUCUGCUUGUGUAUCAAAAUACAGUGAGGAAACUCUAUUUUGGCAUCCAGCUGGGCAGGAGACAUGGGUCCUGGAUUUAUUUUCUGUUUUGCUGUAAGAAAUCACCACAGCACAAGUUUUGAAGGUCAGAAGAUUGACACAGGGCUCACUGGGCCAAAACGAAGUGAGCCCCAAGAUCAUCUUUUAGGUCUUUUUUUUUAAAGAUUUUAUUUAUUUAUUUGACAGAGACAGAG